AUGGUAAGUCAUCUUGUUGAAGAUCCAAUUAUGCUCUCAAUAUACGGCUUGAGUUAUUAUCAGUCUGUCGGGAAAAUAAUGAGUACACUGUUGCUGCGCCAAUAGCGUCGUUGAAGUGGAAAGAAAUUUGAUUUUGCCGAGACACAAUUCAUUUUCUUGGCGGCGAUGCGAUUUUCGAAAUCCACGUUAUUUUCCCGACAACUGAUAUUACAAAAAACUCCGCAUGAUCGAAAAAAAACUGUAAAGAUAAGAUAAGACGAGCUGAAAAUUACUGCUCAAAAAUGCCUUGAUAAUUGUUGGGUGGUCAUCUCGUAAGCGGAUUGUCUCCUUCUAUCGUUCGCUACAUAUAAGAGCAAUUUGCUCGAGAUUGGGAUCACAAUUUUUAGCGCUACAUUAUUCGUUGGGUAAGUCAUUUAUUGAGCAAGUUGAAGUUCUUACAAGAUACGUGGGAAAUCAGAGAAACUCAGGUUUUGACGUUUGAGGGAGGUCAAGAAAAAAGUUUUGUGGGGUAAAGUGAUAUCUUAUCCUCUUAGAUAACGAGCGGGUUGGACUUUUUGAACCUUUAAGAGCGCAACGAACUCCAUCAAAACACAAUAAAAAAUUUGUUUACUGGACAACGUUCUCAUAACUAUAUAGCAAGGUAGGUUCUAUUCCAUGCCGCAAAGCUUUUUUUUUACUUGUUCUGGCCCAAAAAUAGACGCAAAAUUAACAACAGUCCACUGUCCGCAGUAGUUUUAAUUAGUCCGAAAAUUUUGCACAAGUCACAUAUUGGUCAAGCUCUACUGGAGAUGCGGCUUAUUUUAGGGAAAAAUACAGUGCCCUAACCAUUUAUAAAACUUUUACAUAAAAAGGUUUUUAGGCAGUUCUUUGUUUCCCAACAAGAUCCUAAACAGCAACAAUUGUUUUUAAUCCUUAUAGCGCUACAAAUAUACUAUUUGUUGCAUAAUCCCAAGAACUCAAAAUCAUAGUCCCAAUUUUUCGCUUCAAGACAAAGUAAUUUUUUUCGGAAGAUGCCGGGCCUAAAAUUUUCAAUCUCAAGCACCAAACCCGGUCCCAGAAAAGCUCUGCCCGGCUCGGCCCUUUUUGAAAAUUCCAUGGCCCGGCUGAUCAGGUCCUUGCCAUGUCUGCUUAUUCGUCACACCCGUGCAAAUGGCUCUUUGAUUUGUUUGAGUUGGAUUCAAAACCUUUCAAUUAAACGGCUACGCUCCAGACUUUACACUGUCUGAUCCAGCCUCCAACUCAUACCACCUGCAAUCCACAGACUACAGUCUGCUGACUUGUGUGGCCCUUGAAUGCCCUGAUAAUCUCAUGGUGUCAAAGAACGGAUUAAUUUAGCUGUUUUUUCGCUUUGUUUGCCCAACCUUUUGCACUUUUAUAUUACGCGCAAUAGACACUUGAGCACUCAAGGCUAUGAAUUUCAUAGACAGCAAUCGGACUAUGGUCGGGGCCUUUCGUAGGAAGAUUUCUAUGUCUACGCAAAAUUUCGGCCGCAAGGUCUCGCAGGUGGGGCGAGAUUUUUGAUCAGCUAUUUAAAUUGCUAUAAAAUUAAUUCAGAGCUUUCAGCGGCUUUUUUGAUUCGAAAAAAUAUUUUUCUUUUCAGAUGCAACAUAUCCUCAGCUUCAUGGGGCAGUAAGUUCUUUAAUUAGACAUCUUUUUUUUAAUUUUUUUCCUCUAUUCCACUUCUAUUUUAGUGCAAAUCAGCCAGAGUACCAACUGCUCUACCUCAACUUGAGGGGCAAGGGAGAGCCGAUCCGCCUGUUCUUCAAGUAUUUCAAUAUCGAAUUCACGGAUGAAAAACAGGACUACAAUAAUUACAAAAAUGUGAAAGAUAGUGAGUUUUACAGUAAUUUUGGAGUAUUAGAAACAUUGUUUCAUUUGUUUUUGUUUUUGAAAAUUUUAGCGCGAGCUUUGCAAACAUUUAACGAUUUUUGCGGCCAAAUGAGUAUGCCAACGCCAGGUUCAUGCGGAAAAACUUGUUUUUGAAUCAAAAACAUUGCUCUCUACCAUAGGAAUUGGCAGGAAACAUUGUCAUGCCAAAAUCCGCAAAAAAAAUCACUUUUUUCCAACUUUUAACCCGAAAUUCUCCGUCGUUUCUGCAAAACGCAAGCUAGAAGUCUCACAUAUGUCCUUGUAAAACUUAUUCUAAAUUUGUGUCAAGCUUCAUUAGACUCUGACACUUGAAUACUUCCUUUUCCAGCCCCUCCCCUACCAAAAAUGCCCCGGCUGAUCGUCAACGGAGAGUUCGAAGUCAACUACACAAGUUGUAUUCUACAGUAUCUCGCCGAGAAACAUGGAUUACUUCCCAAGACCGCUGAGGACCGAGCGUUGGCCAAUGUUUGGGGAGUUCGCCUGAACGAUUACUUGAACCAAAUGAGGCCUUGGUUUUACUGUUUUCUUUACGACAAUUUAAGGCCUCUGGUAGGGUUGCUCAUGAAAACGUGUUUUAAAACCAUUUUUUAGCUGGAAGAGCGAAUUGAGAGCGUUUACAAAGCAGCGGUGUUAGAGGACUUUGCAGUCAUGUUGCAGCGCCAAUUGGAGACGACAAAGAGCGGAUUUCUCGUGGGAAAUGAGGUAAAUAUUUUAGCGAUUGGGCAAAAGUUAGGAUGGUAAAAUACGAGAAGUCUUUGGGGAUUCAUUUUACAUAAUUUAUUAAAUUUCCUUUCCUUUAAGCAGCGCGUCAAAGCCUUUGGCGAUCCUUAUUUUUUCGACGUAUUUUCUUGGUGGUCCGCAAAAUAAUUUUUCGCUGUCCACGGAUAAUAAUCUUUUUGUGUAUAACUCAACACUGUCAGGAGAAAAUUUAACGUUAGCUUUGUGAAUAAUACUCUCAAUCGUCUCGUACUGCGUUUUACUAUUCUACUUUUGCUUCCGAGUAAUGCUGGACAGAAUAUCUAAUGAUAUUUUACAUGACAUCCGUGAUUAUUAAAGCAAAAAAGGUCAAUUUUUUAUCGUAUAGUAAACGAAAAGAACAUCUUUUUAUUUAGACAUCAUUUGGACUUCCUCGCAUUUUUGCAACUUAUUUCAACGAAGCUCUUCUUUAAUAUAAUCUUCCUAUCAUUCAAUUUUUUCAGCUCUCCUACAUCGACUUCUACGCCGCACACCUGACUGACUUAUGCUUGACUUACGGCCCAAAAGAGAGCCUCAAGGACUUCCCAGUCCUCCUUCAACACCACAAGAAGAUUUACUCCCUACCAGAGCUACAGGAAUAUUUGAAAAACCGGCCGGAACAUGACUUCUAA